UUUACUAUUUUAUAUAUUUACUAUUGAUUAUUUGUAUAUGUUUUCAAGUAUUUAAACCAACUUAAAAGUAUCAUAUAUAUUCUAGAUGUUUUAUAUAUAUAUAAAAUCUAAAAAUAAUUAAUAUAUAUAUAAGUAUAUAAAUCUAUUUCGUAUACAUUCGGAUACCCGAAAUACUUCGGUUCGGAUCGGAUUCGGUUUUGGUUCUCUAAAAACCAAAAUUUUGAAUAAGUCAGAUAUUUACUCAAUUUCGGUUUGGGUUUGGUACUACUUUUUCGGAUCGAGAUCGGUUCGGUUCUUCAGAUUCGGAUAUUUUGCAUAGCCCUUAUAUUAUUGACAUGAAAAACAAAUAGAAACAUAAUUUUGAAAAAUAUACCCGCGCGGACGCGCGGGUCAAAGUCUAGUUUUACAUUAUAACAUAAAGAUUUUAAAAGAACUUUUAAUAUCUUUUUGGGUUGAGAAAAAAACUCAUUCACUAUUAAAGCCUUGUGUAUCUUCUCUCUCAGUCUAUUCAAAUGUCGAUACUAAACUGAGCAAUGAAGAUCAAACGGAUAAUUACCUCCUUUCCCGUUAUCCUAAUUCUUGUGUUCAUUUGUUUCAGAUCCUAUCACCUUUAAAUUCUCUUCCAGUGUUUGAACUAGAUCUUUGGGAUCACUAAGCGUAAGAUCGCAUUUCACAUAUGUAUUUUUAUAUUGCUCAUGAACGAUAAUAGAUUAGAGCUAUGUAUAUGCAAAGUUAAAAAAUUAAUGUUUUAAAAUGGUAAAAAUUAAAGAAAAAGAAAUAGAAUUUUAAACCUAAUUAACAUAAAAUUAGAUUAUGAAAGCGGAGGUGUUUUACAUUUUUGUUGGAAAGAUCACCAAAAAACCAUCUAUCAAUAAAAAUGGAUGAUAAAUAAUUCUUCUCUAUUAAAAUUUUAAUAAUUAAAAUUUAGCACAUAUUUUAAAAUAUUAAAAUUUUUAACUACUCUAUAUUUUUUGUUGUUUAUUACAUUAUAAUCUAAUCAUAUGGUAAUCGAUUAAAUUUAACUACCUCCAAUUAUGGUAAAAAAUCUUCGAGCGACAACUCCAGGACAAAUCUCUCUCCGCAACAUACGGAUCAACGACAAUAAGUUCAUACACACACAUUUAUGACGGAAAGACUCUCCGGAACACUAAGGACCACGACAAAUGGUUUUACUUGCGGUACUAUAUAUGGAACCUUUUAUAAGUUUUAAAUAUGUAAUUCUGCAAAAAAAAUGUUAUUAUUUAUAAACACAUAUUAUUUAUCAUCUCAUCCGAAAAAUAAACCCUCAACAAAUACAUCUCUGAUUGAUCUGAAUGAAAACCCUGGAAUUUUUUCUUUGACUGGAUUCGAACCUCAAACCUAGUAUAGAAGUCUUUAAACUUGGUCAUUAGGCCAAUGAAAUUUAUAAUCCCUACUUAAAGUAGUUUUUCUUCUUUAGUUAUUUAUUCCUGCAUAAACUAAAGACUAUCUUUUAACCAACAUUUCCUUUUGAAAGUAUAUUUUGUAAUGAAUUGGCAUAUCCUUGUUGAUUAUAAAUUUUGAACUUUUACUUUUAAUAAAAUUAAACCUAUUAGUUAUAUGUAUUAAUAUAUAUAUAUAUAUAUAUAUAUAUUUUUAAUUCUUAUUGACGAUGUAUUUAAUUUUUCAAAGUCUCUUAUUAAAUUGAUUCAGUGAUUAUGCUAAGUAUAACUUAUUAAUUUAUUAUUUUAAAUUUUUACUUCAGUUUAAUCAAAAUAUAAUGAUAUUGAUUAUUAAUAUGUUUAAUUUAUAUUUUUAGUAAAAAAAUUAUUUUAAGUAUAUAAAUUUUAACUAUAUACUUUGUAUUUAUUUUUGUAGAAUAUUACUAUUAAUUCUGUUAUAUUCUAUAAACAAACCCUUUUUCUUAUGUUUGUUUAUAUAUUGGUUAUGUUUUUCGCUUGUUGUUUUUGUAUAUUCUUGCCAACGUUUUGUUCUCAAAAAGUUAAAUUAUAAAAAUAUAAAAUUUUAAUUAUCACCGAACAUACUGUAAAGCGUUAUUCAUUGUUCUAGAAGAUGUAUAAUAUAAUUACACUGAAUACUUAAAAAAAAAACAAAAUUAUACUGAAUUUAUAGAAUUAUUGUGUAUACAUGGAUCCACAUAUUAUAUACAUAUAAUUUAGAUAGUACGUACCUCAGUGUUUACUCAUAAUCGUAUUUAGAAAAUGUUCAAAGAUCUUCACAAAUUGUUAACUCUAAUAUUUUCGCAAGAAAGUAAGUUCUAAACAACCACUGCGAAUAUUUCUUGGCUUCUUCUAACUUUAAUUUAUAACAGUUUUGUCAUUCUCUGAAACGAGUCCGUAACCCCCCACCCCUCCCCAUUAAAAUUAUGGUCUCGACUUUUUUGAUCUUCUUGAAGGGUACAAUUAGAUAACUCAUCUGCGAUGUCAAAGAUGACAAGCCAAUCAUUUCUUAAUGGUCACUUAAUUUUGUACCAUAACCCUGAGUUACAGUUCAUUGAACCUUGUCUUUUUGGGAUUUAUAAAAGUUGCUUUAAUUUUUUGUUUUCUUCUUCAAUGCAUGGUAUAGCUUGAUUUUUUAUUCACUCUGACUUGAAAACAAAUCAAAACCAAAGGAGAAAAAACAGAGAAGUUGAUAGAGAUUUAUAAUAGCUCGUUAAUUAAAAGUUUUUGAGAUGAGUUCCCAAGAGCAGAAGAAGAAAGAAAAAGGAAAGGAAAUUGUCACUUCCGAAGAAAACCCUACCACUUCCGAAGUCUCCAUGUAUUUCAGUGAGCAGGGAAUAGCAGCUCUCCUAGAAGCUAAUAAGAAAGAUAAUGCUGAGAAAGUUGGUACACAACAAAAGAAGAGUUCAUCUUCAAAAAUCAAGCCUUGCAUUUUCUAUACUUCAGAUGAAAAGGCGAGACUGCGGUGGUCAAGCGACCUUCAUGCUUGCUUUGUCAAAGCUGUUGAGAAACUUGGUGGACCGGAUAAGGCAACACCAAAAGCUGUCAAAGAUACAAUGGAAGUUGAAGGAAUUGCACUUCACCAUGUUAAGAGUCAUCUUCAGGUCAUAUUAUCCUAUCUUCUUCAUAUGAAUCAUUUUUGUAAUCUAUUUAACACUCGAAUCUUGGUAUCUUUCCAGAAGUUUAGACUUGGAAGAUGUAACAUACGGGAUGAAACAGAUCAAUAUCAUAAACGUUACAGAACUGGUCGACGCUUUUUUAAAGCACAUGCUGCAUCAAAUUCACCUCGCCCACAAGUAAACAUAAGACCUAAAGUUAUGGGAGAUGUGAAGCCAAAGAAGGCAAAAGAAGACCAUGGAUCACUUUACAUGCGUAUAGAGCACGAUCUAAAUUUACAAAGAUGUCGCGAAGCAGAAAGAAUGCAAAUGGCUUUUGAAAUAGAACAUAACCGUAAAAUGUUGGAGGCGCAAUAUUUACAAGCAGGCAAGGCUCCAUCAAUAACCAGUCAACACAGAAACUAUAUUUCGACAACAACUCAACGGCCAUCAUCACAAGUAUUAGAUCAGUGGUUAGCAGACCACUACUCCGGAAGACAGACCAGUGAUUCACAACAACCAACUACUAUGAUUCCACAAACUACCACUUGUCUGCCCAUGUUCCCUCUGGAGACAAAGACUACAUUUUCAAAGUACGAUCCACAACAUGUGAAUACCUCAACUCAAGAAAAGCGACAAUUUAACAACAGUCUCAACUACAACAUGACUCAAGGUUUCAUCAAUCCGUAUGUGACUACUGAGCCCCAAUCCAUGCCUGGCUCAUCCACUGUCACCACUCAGCCAGAACUUCAGCUCAACGAUGAUUGUCUCAUUCACGACUUAUAUCGCAAUCCAAGUUUCCUACCAACCUCAGUACCACAAACAGUUGAUUCUCUUCAUCAGGUUAUAUCCAACAUCACAUCUCCAUUAUCGACGGCACCACAACCAAUACAAACAUAUGCUCCAAACCAUACUUAUAAUUAUCCUGAAUACAAUACUCUUGAAAGGGUUAAAGCCCAGCUCAGUGCAUUACAAUACUCAAGCACAAGCCGCAUUCAAGCAACGCCUUUUUGUGAAACCAACUUAUCGUCUUCUGUCACAAGGGAUGAUGAGGAAGAUCCAGUAGAUAUGUAUAUUGACUGGGGUAAAUAUGAAGAAGUGGAUAUUGAUGAACUUGAUCCAGUUGAAGCACUCUUGGCUUUAGGUUUUUCAGUAAGUCCUUAACCUUAAUAUUUAAAACUCUCAGUACGUUUCUCCCCAAAACGUUAAAAACAAAAAAUAAAACUCUCAGUACUGUUGUAAUUUAUACGUUGAUCAUAAUAAGCCUGUAUUAUAGAGUCAGAGAACUUGAUUUACCUUUAUCGGUUUAGUGUUCAUAGUAAAUACAAAUCUAAGCUUGAACUGUAACACGUAUUAUGUGUCUGCCUUCAUCAACACUACCGUCAUCAACCAAAUGUUUUUCUCUGUCUUCCCUUGGAAAAUUUUCAUGUAUCUCAUAAUAUUAAGUGGCGUAUCUCUUGUCGGACCGCGAAAGUACUUAUUAAAAAUCACAAAAAAAAAGCGUAUAAACGACAAUGUAAAAAACAUUUUUAGAAAAUUGUCAAGGAAAUAGAUGAAUUCACACAAUUGAGAUUUGAUUUCUUUUCUUAACUAAUAAAAACUCUCGUAAUGUGUAAUGUAUAACAGUUAUGCGAUUUUUGAAUUCCAAAAUAUACUUAUAUGAGACUGUUUUGCAACAUUUGAAACAGAAUCUACGAACUCUAAUCUAGGAUAUACUCUCGACACUUACGCUAAGAUGAAGACUAAGACUUUUUCUAGAAGUUUCUAUUUGCGUUAAGGCAUAUGAUAUAAUGAAUAGGUUAGGCAUAUAUCUAAAAAAUUUAUCAACAAGAUAAAUUUAAAUUACAAAGAAAACAGAAUAUUCGAAAAAUAAUCUUUAUUUUUGUGCGAGUUGACGGCAACGAAAAUAUACUGAUAAUUAUCUGGAAGUAUUCCAAAAUUAUCUUGAAACAGUCUAAAACGCUUACAAUUUUAUAAUAUCUUAGACACAAUCUCUUAGAAUUAUCUAAGAUAUUAUACAAAAAUCCUAGUAAAAAUUUGCUUCAAAAGACAUCUUUUGUGGGCUAAAACCCAUAUU